GUCUCAGGUCUCAGGUGCCAGCAGGUCAUCAGCCUCAGUCUGACCACCUGUUCUAGCCUUUUGGCGCGUCCCAAGCUUCUUCACGCGUUGAACCGAAUCUUGCUUCACUAUUUUCUGGUCUUUCUUUUGGCGCAUCCUAAGCCUCGUCGUCCUCGCUGCUUUAUAGAACUCGCCGCAUCGCUUAUCUGCCAGCCAGCCUUGCUUCGCAGCGUGUACCUCAAUACACCUCCUUUGUUCCUAAUUCACGACAACCUAGAGCCUUCUGUUUACUCCCCCCCUUAUUAUGGUACUACCGCACUACUCGUAAUUGCCAGCUAUUCUUCUUCUUUCAUUUUUCUCAGCACAGCCAGCCUGCGUGCGCACAAAAACCUUUCAUCCGCGCCUAUCCGACUUGCUCAUGUUUUUUCAUCGGUAUCAGCUUUUCCUUAGUUUUAUGCUUGCUCCACCUACACGAUCUUCUAAGCAGUCAGCCAAAGUAAGAUGUGGCGGCGCACAUAUCUUCUCCUAGUUCUCAUCAGGCUCUGGUUCGCCCUCUCGCCCAGCUACCUCCACCCCGAUGAGAACUUCCAGGGGCCGGAGGUGAUUGCCGGCCAGAUCUUUAGUUACCCUGUUCGGCAUACAUGGGAAUUCACUAGCGAAAAUCCGAUUCGGAGUGUCUUCCCUCUCUGGCCCGUCUAUGGGCUCCCUAUGCUUUUGUUGCGCUGGCUUUGGGUUGGGAAUGGGCAAGAUGGCGACGUCCCCCCCAUUGCUGUCUUCUGGACGCUGAGGUUCCUGAUGUUCUUGACAAGCUUUGUGCUUGAAGAUUGGGCUCUUGACGAACUAAUCAGUAACACACGCCAUCGCCGCACUGCUCUUCUUCUCGUUUCAUCCUCUUAUGUAACUUGGACUUUCCAAACGCACACAUUUUCCAACUCAGUCGAGACUUUGACUGUCUUGUGGAGCCUGGUCUUAAUAAAACGCAUCACGGAUCCUCAAUCAUCCAUAUUGUCGUCUGUUGUUUUGGGAGUGGUUGUCGUUUUUGGUUUCUUCAACCGUGUUACUUUUCCAGCGUUCCUGAUACUACCUGGUUUUUGGUUGAUUCUUCAUAUCUGGAAUAAACCCUUUACAUUGGCCGCUUUGGUUCUGGCCGCCGUUACUACUGCCUUCGCUGCUAUUGCUAUUGAUACUGCUUUUUACACACCAGAGCCCAUUACUUGGACCGAUCUCAUCACGAAUCCUGUUAUCACGCCUCUUAACAACCUCAUAUAUAAUUCUUCAUCCGAAAAUCUAGCACUGCAUGGCUUGCAUCCCUGGUAUCAACAUAUUCUUGCCAAUUUACCGCAGCUCAUUGGACCCGCGUUCGCGUUAUUAUUCCUGCGGCCUUACUUAUCGUUACGACUGUACUCAGCCAUUUCUGGAAUUGUUGUUCUAUCUUUUAUUAAACAUCAAGAGGCUCGAUUUCUGCUACCAACUGUGCCACUUAUUCUGUCAUCUUUACAGCUGCCAAAGAAUCCCACACUCAAUCGAAUAUGGACAGCAUCUUGGAUUAUAUUUAACGUCUUCUUUGGUGUGCUGAUGGGGACAUAUCACCAGGGUGGUAUUGUUCCUGGGCAGGUGUUUAUGAGCAAACAGCCUGAUGCUACAAACGCCAUCUGGUGGAAGACCUAUCCUCCUCCUAUCUGGCUUCUCAACGGCAAAAAUGAAGUUCUGACUACCAAGGAUGUCAUGGGAAUUAAGGGUGAAGCGCUGCUGGAACAGCUGACUGAGCUAGCUACAUGCGACACUCCUGCAGAUCGUCGCAGUUUGGAAUAUUUGAAAGAGAAAAAUGGAACUUAUUUGAUCGCACCGGCGUCGGCCACCUGGUUGGACCCCUAUCUCUCCAACAAGGGCUUAGAGGGGUUGAGAUUUCGGGAGGUUUGGCGGUACAGGAACCAUCUCAACUUGGACGAUAUGGAUUUUGGAGAUGACGGAGUCUGGAAUACUCUUUCUAGAGUCAUCGGUCGUCGGGGGCUCGUCGCAUGGCGAGUAACGAAAAGCUGCGGUUUAUAAAGCCCAGCAUCUUAUAGUAAUUUUAUAGACAUACAUGAAUAAAGUAAAAGGUUAAACAUC